GUUGCCCUGCAGGCCCCUGGCCUGGCCCGAGCCUCUGCUGCCAUGGCCAUUGUGCACACCGUACCAGUGCCACUGGAGCCCACUCCUGAGGCGGCCACCGCCCCCCAAGCUCCAGCCAUGGGCAGUGUGAGCAGUCUCAUCUCCGGCCGGCCCUGCCCUGUGGGGCCAGCUCCUCCCCGCCACCGAGGCGCCUCGGGGCCCACCUUCUUCCGCCAGCAGGAUGGGUUGCUACGGGGCACCUAUGAGGCACAGGAGCCUCUGUGCCCAACUGUACCACCCAGGAAGCCCAUCCCUGGCCCCAGCUUUACGUACGUCAACGAGGACUUCCGGACAGAGUCACCCCCCAGCCCAAGCAGUGAUGUAGAGGAGAGCCGAGAGCAGCGGGCUCGGAGCGCUCACCUCCGUGGGCCCCCCCCAAAGCUCAUCCCUGUCUCUGGAAAGCUGGAGAAGAACAUGGAGAAAGUCCUGAUCCGCCCCACGGCCUUCAAGCCAGUGCUGCCCAAGUCUCGAGGGGCACCCUCCCUGCCUAGCUUCCUGGGUCCUCGGGCCGCUGGGCUGUCUGGGAGCCAGGGUAGCCUGACACAGCUGUUUGGGGGCCCGGCAUCCUCCUCCUCCUCCUCAUCCUCCUCAGCUGCCGACAAACCCCUGGCACUGAGCGGCUGGGCCAGCGGCUGCCCAUCGGGGACACUGUCCGACUCCGGUCGGAAUUCUCUGUCCAGCUUGCCCACCUACAGCACCGGGGGUGCAGAGCCAGCCACCAGCUCUCCAGGUGGACACCUGCCCUCCCACGGCCCUGGGCGGGGGCCGCUGCCCGGGCCAGCCCGAGGGGCCCCUACUGGGCCCUCCCACUCGGACAGUGGCCGGUCCUCCUCCAGCAAGAGUACAGGCUCUGGGGGAGGGCGUGUGGCUGGGGGGCUCCUGGGCAGUGGUCCCCAGGCCUCCCCUGACAGCAGCUCCUGUGGGGACCGCUCACCCCCACCCCCACCCCCACCCCUCCCCUCGGAUGAGGCCCUGCUGCACUGCGUCCUGGAGGGGAAGCUCCGAGACCGGGAUGCUGAGCUGCAGCAGCUGCGGGACAGUCUGGAGGACAGCGAGGCCUCUGUGUGCCAGCCAUUCAGCGAGCGGUCACGGCACUGGCGGAGAGAGCAUGAGGCCCCACGGGAGGACUGUGCAACCCAGGCCCAGCGGGCCCGGAGGACCCAGCAGCUGCUGCAGCUGCAGGUGCUCCAGCUGCAGCAGGAGAAGCGGCAGCUGCAGGACGACUUUGCACAGCUGCUGCAGGAGCGGGAGCAGCUGGAGCGGCGUUGUGCCACCUUCGAGCAGGAGCAGCGGGAGCUCGGGCCCCGGCUAGAGGAGACCAAGUGGGAGGUGUGCCAGAAGUCAGGCGAGAUCUCCCUGCUGAAGCAGCAGCUGAAGGAGUCUCAGGCAGAGCUGGUUCAGAAGGGCAGCGAGCUGGUGUCGCUGCGGGUGGCCCUGCGGGAGGCCCGGGCUGCCCUGCGGGUCAGUGAAGGCCGCGCACGGGGCUUGCAGGAAGCAGCCCGAGCCCGGGAGCUGGAGCUGGAGACCUGCUCACAGGAGCUGCAGCGGCAUCGCCAGGAGGCCGAGAGGCUCCGAGAGAAAGCUGGGCAGCUGGACAUGGAGGCAGCGGGACUCCGGGAGCCCUCUGUGCCACCUCCCGCCACUGACCCAUUUCUCCUGGCAGAGAGUGAUGAGGCCAAGGUACAGCGGGCAGCGGCCGGGGCAGGAGGCAGCUUGCGGGCCCAGGUGGAACGGCUGCGGGCCGAGCUGCAGCGGGAGCGGCGCAGAGGGGAGGAGCAGAGAGACAGCUUCGAGGGGGAGCGGCUGGCCUGGCAGGCGGAGAAGGAGCAGGUGAUCCGCUACCAGAAGCAGCUGCAGCACAACUACAUCCAGAUGUACCGGCGCAACCGGCAGCUGGAGCAGGAGCUGCAGCAGCUCAGCCUGGAGCUGGAGGCCCGGGAGCUGGCCGAACUGGGCCUAACCGAGCCUGCCCCCUGCAUCUGCCUGGAGGAGAUAACUGCCACUGAAAUCUAGGGUGCCAGCGCUGCAGUGAGCUCUGCUUCGGGCCCCAGGGUCCACCGAGCAUCCCCAAGUCCGAGGACCCCAGAGCCACUUGUCUCCUGGGGUACAGGCCUCUGAGACCAGCAGAAGCAAGAGCAAAUCCCUCUGAAGUCACCAUGUCACUGUCCCCAGAGGCUCCUAACACUCCACCAUACACACACGCACCUGUGCCAGGCCCACUGGACACCGUGCUUGCGCACCCACUAGAGCCCAGAAGCUGGGAAGAGGAGGGGUCCCUCAUCUCCAAAUGUGCCCUACCCCAAAGCUAGAGAGAGCCAGAUGGCACCACAUGUGCCUGCCCCUGCCCGUGCUGGGGGACAGGGCUGGGACCGGGCCUGAUCCCCAAGUCCCAGCCCUGCAGCCUCUCUCCCGGGCUGGAGGGGGCUGAAGUCAGACCAAAGGAAGAACUCAGAGAUGUCUUGUUUAUUUGUGUUUGUGACCAAGCAGCCCCUCCCAGUACCCAGAUUUAUGGCCUCGUUUUCACGUGUAUAUUUUUCACACUGUAAAUUUCUUGUAAAAACCCAAAGAAAAAAUUAAAAAAACUUUUUUUUAAA